AUGCGCUUACUCCGCACCAACUGCAUACCCCUGCAGCUGAAGGAAUUUGGUGAGGACAAGAUCAACAAGCGCGAGAUCAAGUAUGCAAUCCUGUCGCACCGAUGGGGGGACGCCGAAACAAGUUUCCAGGAUCUAGUGCACCUGGCGCAAGACGGGACAAAGGCUACAAAGGGAUACAAGAAAAUCCAGCGCUUCCUCGAACGGGCAGCUGAAGAUGGGUACGACUACGCUUGGAUCGACACUUGCUGCAUCAACAAGGAAAGCAGCGCCGAGCUAUCCGAAGCCAUCAACUCCAUGUUCCGAUGGUACCAAUUGGCGGGUACAUGCUAUGCAUACCUUCAGGACGUGCAUCCCAGCAAGAAUCCAGCGAAUAUCAACACUCAGCUUCAGAGAAGUGAAUGGUUCAAACGGGGCUGGACGUUGCAGGAACUGAUCGCUCCGCCGAAUUUGGUUUUUCUUUCUAGAGACUGGACUGAUAUAGGAAAUAAGAAUGAUCUGAGCCAACUGAUAUCCAAGGUUACGCUGAUAGACGAGAGCGUUCUGCGAGGGAAGACCCGUCUUGGCGAUUGUAGCGUCGCAAAGAGGAUGUCGUGGGCUUCGUCCAGGGUAACAACCAGAACUGAAGAUACUGCGUAUUGUCUCAUGGGUAUCUUUCAUGUGAAUAUGCCCUUGCUCUACGGAGAAGGCAGGAAGGCUUUUAUCAGACUGCAGGAGGAGAUCAUGAAAGGAUCCGAUGAUCAAAGUCUUUUUGCCUGGGAUGCUUCUGACCUUCAAGGCUUCAACGCCACCGGUUUGUUAGCACUAACACCGGCCUUUUUCAAGAACUCCAGGAAUAUCGUCCCGUUCCGAUCUCUGAAGAAUAGCUCCCCCUACUCAGUGACUAACAAGGGAAUCCGACUGCAGUUACCCCUUGUUACUAUUAGAGGUGGUGGAGGGAAAAGCUUUGGACGUGAAAUCGUCAAGCAAAGAAAAGCGCUCCUUUUAGAAUGCCAGGAGGUGUCGGCGGAUCACCGUGCUAAGCCAGUAGCUGUAAUGCUGGGCCAACUAGCUGGGAGUGACUCGCAGUUCAUUCGCAUCAAUCGUAGCCUACACAGACACCUGGCAUGGGCUCACCUCCGGUUCGUUGAGCCUUCCGAGAUAUAUGCAAGGAAGAUCUACUCGGGCUUCGAGGAGGCUGUUAUAGAACCUGCGAGAAAAUUCACAGACCCAGACGCGAGCCUCAGCAAACCCCAGCGCAACAUGAUUUUAUUUUUUGAUGAUGGAUAUUAUAAUGGCUUUCGCAAGGGUAAUGGAUCUGCGAUUCAGGCCAUACACGACCUUGUCAGCGAUGCCGGCAAUUCGCAGGUUUGCUACUACGAUCAAUCCACCGCGGAUGAUAAUAUUAAAAAGCGUGUAAUGCGCGCGCACAAGUGGUGUGUGGACAACUAUGACCGCAGGAGUAAAUGGUACAUAUUUGGCUUUUCAAGCGGUGGUUUCGUAGCACAGAUGCUGGCUCAGAUUCUGGAAUUCACAGGAAUGUGUACACCACACAUUCAUGUCAAACAUGACAUAUGGGGUUCUUACGAAGCCUGGUAUCGUGCGGUGUCGCGCGGUCAUCCCGAUUCAGCGAGAGGUGACUUUUCUGAAUUGACUUCAAUUCGAGGCUGGACCCGCGAAUGCACAGCUACCUUCUUGGGUCUGUUUGAUUCGGUCAACAUAACACCUGGUUGUAACUUGGCAAGGGGGACUAGUGGUCGUCGGAAAGAGGAAAAUUUGCCAUCUGUUGUUACACAUCCUGGUCUUGUCGUCCGCCACGCCGUGGCCAUUGACGAACAAGACCCUUCAUUACGCCCCAACUUGGGUUACGAAGCAGCCGAGUGUAUGCAUGACUUCCAAGAGCUCUGGUUUCCGGGUGGACACGCGGAUAUUGGCGGAGUCACUGACUCAGACACCGAUGAGAAGUGGAAACUAGGUCAUAUUCCUCUAGUCUGGAUGAUUCGCGAGGCCAGUCGAGCUGGCCUGGGCAUUGAUCCAUACAAACUACGGCAGUACUUUGAUCUUGACGAGGUAAAGCAGGCACAACCUCCUUUGAGUGAUGAAGACAUGCUAGAAAGCAUCUUUUCCAGCGACCAAAUGAAGGACGGGCUAUACCGCGCAGCCAAACUGGGUCAUAUACACGACUACUGGAAGUUCCGCGACUCAUCGAGCCCGCGAGAAAUCCUCACGACAAGUGUGCUAGAAAACAUCCCUCCCUUCGACAUAAGCAUAAAGACCAUUUCUGCAAGGACAGCUAUCCUCAAGGAGCAAUUCCCCGGGAACAGAUUAUGGCGCAGCACGUUAAAUCGCUUUCGUGGUCCUGGCUUCUUCUCACAAGAGCCAAAGCCAAACCUAGACCUCAGUCAGGACUGGGUUAAGGAGUUUCUUUACUUCCAAAUGCGGUACUCGUCUCCACAGAAGCCUAUUCCCGACAGGCUGCGACGGGUCAUUCCGAACGGCGCUGCAUAUCACAUCUCUGUCGUCCAUAGGAUGUGCUCCAAGGAUGGAACGUAUCGGCCGGCCAACCCAAUUGAUGUCUUUGUUAUAAUAGAUCACCCGUUUCUCCAUGGGGGUUGGAGAAUCAAACGGCAGGCAGACUUUAUUGGAGAGUAUCGUAUACUUGGG